UUAUUGUCCUAUUGAGUCACUGGGUGUUGCUCAGAAGAGUCUGAACAUUAUCUUUUCGCGUAUCAAUUUACCAUUUAUAUUUAUGUGUUACACAUGUAUUGACAUCAUUACAUGCAUACAGUAGUGCAGUAUUUGUGUAAAAACUCAUUGUCCUACCUCUCUUCAUCCUGUGACGUUCUGGUUACUAAUCAUUUGCUACAUAGGAAAUAUUGCAUUUGCACAUAUGCACACAAGCGCAUGGUACUGUUAUGUUUGGGUUCGGGGCAUUUCAUUCUGAUUCACUAUGGCCAAUGGUCCAGCACCGUUUUCUGAGAUUGGGAAAAGGGCAAAAGACCUUUUAUACAAGGAUUACAACUUCGAUCACAAGUUUAGCCUCUCAAUUCCAAACUCCACUGGAUUGGGGCUUAUAGCAACAGGAUUGAAGAAGGAUAAACUUUUUGUUGGUGACAUAAGUACACUCUACAAGAGUGGAAAUACUACAGUGGAUGUGAAAGUUGAUACAUACUCUAAUAUAUAUACAAAGGUGACUGUGAAUGAUAUCUUGCAUGGUACAAAAGCUGCUUUGAGCUUCAACAUACCUGAUCACAAGUCAGGAAAGCUGGAUGUGCAGUACCUUCAUCCUCAUGCAGCUGUUGAUUCUAGUAUUGGUUUGAAUCCAUCCCCUCUAUUGGAGCUUUCAGCUGCAAUUGGCAGCAAAGAUCUUUGUCUGGGUGCUGAAGUUGGAUUUAAUACAACUUCUGCUUCGUUCACAAAAUAUAAUGCUGGAGUUGCCUUCAAUAAACCAGAUUUCUCUGUGGCACUUAUGCUGGCUGAUAAAGGACAGACCCUGAAGGCAUCUUACAUUCAUUAUGUUGAUCGCCCUGAUGGAUUUACGGUUGCUGCUGAAAUCUCCCACAGGUUUUCUUCCUUAGAGAACAGAUUUACUAUUGGGAGCUCGCAGUCAAUAGAUCCAAAGACAGUUUUAAAGACUCGGUUCAGUGACGAUGGCAAAGCUGCCUUCCAAUGCCAACGAGCAUGGAGGCCAAAUUCACUUAUAACCCUGUCUGCUGAAUAUGACUCCACGAAGAUCUUUGGUUCAUCCACCAAGUUCGGUCUUGCUCUAGCUCUCAAGCCUUAACUUGGCCUGCCUAUUAAAUCUUAUUUGGCGACUUCAACUUUUACCAUCAUAUCAUUUUACAUUGUUUCCAAAGCCCAUGGUGGGUUGUGUUAAGCCCUAUCAUAUCAUAAGGUAAACCAAAGAAACUAGUAAUAUUUGUGAAAUCUUCUAAAGCGGCACCGGGAAGGAGGACCCAGUUUUGAAAUACUUGCAUAAUGGCUAGAGGGUUUUGUAGCUGGUUUAUUAUACCAUCCAGGAUCUAGCAUAUGAUUUUGGGCCAAAUUUUAUUAUUUGAUACAGUGACUCAUGAUCAGGUGGAUUUGUCGAUGCCUGAUGUCUCAUUUCAUAUUUAUUUUCUCCCUAAUAUCUUCUCAUAUGGCUCCAAUUUUAUCGUUCUAUUUCUCCAGCUCCCUCGUCUCCACUGGGGAAUAAUACACCAUGACAGUGUUCGGAGAACUUUCCUAUGAUUAUCCUGAGCAGUUGAAUAAUUGCAAAUUAGAUUAUAUGUUUUAUAUUUCGGCA